AUGGCGUUCAACAUGGAGAACUCCAUGGCCGAUUUCAACUUCUUCCUCGACAACUAUCAGUUGGAAGGAGGUAUCGUGGCGGAGCCUUCUGUCUCCGAGCAGCAGCCGGUGGCCUACGAGGCCACAUCCCAACAGUACCUGCCUACUGCAUACCAGCAGCAGGGGCAGCAACAACAACGGUACGAGCAGUACCGUUACCAGCAGCAGGCCUUCGAGCCGCAGCUGCCCACAUGGGUAGAGCCUCAGACUCUAAACUUAUUCGAGGAGACUUGGCCCCAGCAGGCCGUUAACAACUGGUUCGAAGAUUUCGUGCCUGAGGUGUCCGGGCAGCAGCCCACCAUGCAGGUGUCGCCCCCAUCAUGGGGCGUGACACCUGGGCCGCAACAAAGCAGGCUUGGUGGCCUGCAAGGCGCCUACCCACUGCCGGAGCUUGUCUGGCCUGAAGUUGCCAUUCAGAUGUCACGUGGCCCGGUGAACUGUGCUGGGGGUUACGAUGCUGGCGCGCCGUAUCAGACGGCACAACCCGCCCAGCUGCCGGUAGCAGCACCUGUCGCGCCGCCAACGAAGCGAGGGCCGGGUCGCCCCAGGAAGCACCCGAGAAAGGACCCCAACGCCCCGAAGAACAAGCCUGGUCGCCCAAAAGGCAAACGCGACACGUACAAGCGCCUGGAAAAGGGCGAGAAGGCGAUGAUGACCAAGGAGAGGUACAGGCGGGAGGUGGACGACCGCAAGAUCCUUGGCGCUCUACAGCAGUAG